GUAUCCAAUUAAAGUGUUCUUUUCCCUCAUUCCGCGCUUUAGUGAGCAGUUUUGCAGGAAUUUUGUCUUUAAGCUGGAUAGGCGGACGGAGUGGACUAGUUCUCUGUUGUCUCAAGGGAGUCGCAAUUAACGCACUGAGCCGCGUGUAGCUGCACUCGUCUGCAACAGGGGUAACUCGACAGGGGACAAACUGUAUCAACUCGAAAACACAGCAAAUCGAAGUUCUGUGUAAAUGAGGCAAACUUCUUGCAAACUUCAGUCAUAAAACUGUCCGCCUUGUGAUUCCUGUUAGCCACCUCACCACCCCUUGUGGAGAUUUCCAUUUUAUUGGUGCUCCCUGCAAAGCCUCUUUUCAUUUUGCUCAAUUCUGUUGCCACAGAAUUUUCUGUGGAACUCGUCAGCAAGCUGCUUCUGUGAAAAUCUGCAACAGUGAGAUUGCUGUCCCGACACUGUUAUUAUGACCUCUGUCCCAGUGUUCUACAGUUGUGUAAACCGGCUUGAAGCUUGUCCCAGAGGUAUUAAACACGAGUGGGAGGUGCAGAGAAAUCCAUUCAUCAAAGCAAGCUUAUGUAGUGUGGAACGCUUGCACUGCUGAUCUGGAUUACUGAGCAAGGGACUUGGAGCAACAAGGCACCUGAGUUUUAAAAUACAACAGUCCAAGGAUCAGAGCCACAUCGUAUUCUGUUUCUGGCCAAGCGACGAACACGCAAUGGACUUCAGGAAUGAAUCCUCCUCCACUGAUGAAAUGGAUUAUUCUGAUUGGUAUAUCGAUGAACGUUUGGAUCCCACUUCCCCUCCUGAGGAGUUAACACCAUGCAAUCCCGUUAUCCAGGUUGAUUUGUUUAAUAUCUGUGCAGUAGGAGCUUCUGUUAUGGUACUGGUGUUCCUGUCCCUCUUUGUGAAGCGCAGACUGUUGUGCAGGGGUUGCUGUGGUGGAGCUCCAGGCCUGUUGCAUCCAGUUGGUUUCCUUGAGAGUGACUGCCACCGAGGAAUUGCUGCUGCUGUGUUUGGAGUACUCUUCUGUUCCCUAGUGUUGGUGGUCAUUGACAGCAAUCCUUUACCCAUUGGCCUGGAAUCCUCCAAGAACACCAAAGAGUACUUGAAGAUUGCUGCAUUGUUUUACUACCCUGCUCUGUACUACCCCCUCCUUGCAUGUGCAACAGUAAAAAACAAAGUGGGUUACCUACUUGGAAGCCUCCUCUCCUGGCUACACUGCGGUGUUCUCGUCUGGCAGAAAAUUGAAUGCCCUUUAUCAUCAGAGCUGUACAAAUACUAUUCCCUGCUGAGGAGCCUCCCCCAGCUCCUGUGCCUCGUGUUUCUAAGCAUUGUUUAUCCUGUUUUGCUUGUGACGAAUGGCAAGACGUCAGGAAAUCCGACUUUCCAUUGGUGUCAAGCUGAUGGAUACUACACCGAUUACUUGAAACUCUUGCUGAGGAAAAGACCAUCCAAGGACAGCAUCUGCACAGAUCAGUCAAGCCUCUCGUCCAAAAUAAGGACUUUAAUUCGAUCCUAUAUCUACAUACCAAUGAAAGGAUUCAGAAUUCCACCAAAACUAACUGUGUCAAUGACGGUGGCUCUGGUUACUAUCUAUCAGGUUGCUCUUCUGCUUGUGGUCUACGUUGUCCCAACCCUACAGAAGAUGCGAGCUGGAGUCCGUGAAGAGAUAUCCUACAUACUUGAGGGGUUUGGGAUCAAUCUUUCCGAUAAGAGAAGUGAAGUUCUCAAAAUUGUCAAAUACUACUUUUGGAUCUUGGAAGCCUGCUACGUGUCUGCCAUCACUGUUUCCUGUUGCUUCAACCUCCUCAUGUUAAUGAGGUCAAUGGUUUUGCACAGAGAGAACCUGAAGACCCUCUACCGAGGAGACACGUACAAAGUCUUCAAAGUUCAGAAGCGUAUCAGACCCUCUCGGUCUGCCAUAGUCUGUUGGAUGAGCUUCACCAGCUACCAGGCUGCGCACAUCACCUUAGGUCUCUUCAUACAACUGCUGGUGUUCUUCUUGUGUUUUCUCCUAUUUUCCUUCCUUAUCGUUGUCCCCAUCCUCUAUGGGCAAAACCUGCUCCUCUUCAAGGUCCUAGAGAGCAUGUGGCCUUUCUGGUUGGCGUUGAUUGUGGUCCUAUUGAUUCAACACUUUCUAGCUCGACUUCUCUUUCUGCAGAAGGAUGGGAAAAGCCUGAGCAUUACUAAUAGAAGAAGCCUAUACAUAUUCACGUACCUGUUCUUUAUGUUCAAUGUCUUGAUCGGAUUCAUUACUGGAGUGUGGCGGAUAGUCCUUACAGAGAUCUACAACAUCAUUCACUUUUGUAGAUUGGAUCUGAGCCUUCUAAACCAAGGGGCAGAAUCGUUAGACCUAGGCUAUCGAUGUUACACUGGCUUCCUGCUGGUGGAAGUUAGCCAGUCCCAUCCAGUGAUGAAAGCCUUCUGCUCUCUCCUCCUCCAUUCCAAGGGCUUGGGGUUAAGCCGAGAUGAUAAAAGCAAAAAUGAAGAAGAAGGGAUUCAGUUGGUGCCCAGUCAGACGUCCGUGAAGACUGCAAAGUCCAAACGCAUCCGAGCAAGAUGGUCCCUGAUGUUCACCCUCCUGAACAACCCCACAUUGAUCAGUUCCAGGAAGGCAGCAGUUUGCACACCUGCUGAUCUUGUUGCAAAUGGGGAAUUGAACUCUUCCUCCAAGCACACCACAGAUGACCUUGCUAAAUUUGAGCUAUGUGAAAAGGAAUAGGACCCUGUGAGAAUCUGUUACCUUGAUGCAAAUAAUCUAGACCAGCAAGUUGGUUAAAAAUCAAGUUUUAAAAAAUCUUGUGUGUAGGUUGUAAACAUCUUGUCUUCAGACACACUAUUCCCUGUUGCAACUUCUGGUCCUAGUCGCUGUCAGUGAUUGGUGUAAUUGCAGAGACUGGCCACUAGAUAGCUCAGUGGGCUAAUUUUCUGAACUCUCAAAUCUGCCAUCUUCAAUAUUGUAAAGAACUGACUGAGGUCAACAUUAGGGGUAAUUUAUUAGUGGUUACACGUCUACAAUAAGCCUUUCUAGCUUAAAAUAAAAACAGAAAAGGCUGGAAAUACUCAGCAGGUCAGGCAACACCCAGGGGAAGAAAUGGUAACUGUUUCUCUUCCCACAGAUGUGGCUGACUGGAAUAUUUCUGCAGCUUCCUGUCUUUAUUUUAAAUUCCUGGCAUCUGCAACUAUUUUUUUCUUUCUAGCUGUUGGAUUUCACAAAAUAGUAAAGUGGACCAGUUUGUUUACAAUGUUUAGAUAACUGCUGCCAGUAAGGUAUAUCAAAUUGUCCCAAUGUUAACUAUUAUAGAUAGGUAUAGUUAUUUCAAAAUGUAAAGCUACAUUUUAUUUUUGAAUCUGAUAAUGUACAAAUUUGAAGUCUUUUUAAAGUACCAAAAAUGAUGGCAAAUUUGGUGCCAAUUUCUCACUGUCUUAAUUUUUAAAAUAAAAUAAAUUUGAUCUACACAACUUUGGACCAGUAAAAUCAUGACCAAAGUCUUCACACACCUUUAUUAUUCUAAUCAUUG